AUGCCUGCCAUACUGGGUUCCAAUCUCUCGACUCAGACGGACAGUCCAGCUGCGGAUGCUUUCAAUGAAGAGACGGAAAAUCGCUCAAACAGGCCUAAAGAAGGAUCUGCUGGCCGGCAGAGAGGCCGUAAACAAGCAAAAGCCGCCAACCCAUACGACUACGAGCAGAAAUACGAAGAGGACGCCUACGGAGAGGAACUAGGAUCAAACGCGCGUUUUUGGCAUGUUCUCUUGGACGAAGGGCAAGUUUACGAUGCGGAGCUGGUCGAUGGUUGGCGAGAUACCCUGGACGUGCUCCUGGUUUUCGCCGGUUUGUUCUCUGCUGUAGUCACCACGUUCGUCGUUCAGUCGUCGCAAGCGUUACAGCCUGACUAUGCGCAAAUAUCGGUCUCGCUUCUGGCCGAAAUGCUUGCGAUGCAACGCGCUUGGGCAGCAGGCUCCUCUGUCGAUGAUGUCCCACGAUCUAGCUUGGCGCUGGACGCCGUGAGCGCGUCUGCCCUCGACUACUGGUGCAAUGGGCUGUGGUACAUCAGCUUGUCGCUUAGCAUGUCUGCAGCGCUUAUGGCCGUGCUCGUCAAGCAAUGGAUUCUGGCGUACAACAGCAACGUAUCCGGGACUCCAAAACAGCAGGCCCUCGCUCGUCAGUUCCGCCUCAUCGGCGUAGAGCGCUGGAACGUCCCGCUUAUCGUGGGCCUCCUGCCCAUGCUGCUGCACAUAUCCCUGCUCCUCUUCUUCGUCGGGCUAUCCCUCUACGUCUUCACGCUCGACUCGGCUAUAGCGUGGAUCAUCGUCGCGCUCGCCAUCGCCGUGUACCUGCUUUAUGUAGUCGCCAACAUCUUGCCGAUGUUCGACAGCCAAUGCCCGUACAAGACGCCCCUCUCUCACUAUGGAUAUAUUGGCCUACGUUAUACGCUCAACGGCCUGUUUGGAUGGGUGGGUCGGAUUGACCCGGACGACCUUCCUGGCCCGUCCACCUCCACGCGGUCCUUGUCUCCAAUCGCACGCGUGCGCCGCUGGGGUUCGCUCGCCCUCAGAUCCGGCGCGUCCCUUAUUGCGCCUCUCGCACGGCUGCUAUCGCUCUCAACCGCGUCGACGCCCCGAACUCGGGAAGCCCUCGCCAUAUCUCGCAACGAGACACCUCUGCUUAUCGAGUGUUUGACUUGGGUCCACGCGACGUCCUCCAACCCCAGCGCGGUUAGCAUCACCGUGCAGGCCAUAUCCGGCUUACCCGCAGAUGUCGCCGCUACCCGGCUGGUGCACAAUGAGAUGUUCAGGGAAGUUCUUCAGCGCCUCGAGACUGUCAUCCGUACGCCGGACAACGAGGAGAUGUGGACAACUUGCGAGAGGCUUCUGCGUAGCCUCCUCUUUCUUGUGGUGCCCAACCGAGACGAGGUGCGGCUCUUCAUGGUGACUCGCAGUUGCCUUGCGCUCGUGCAGCACCGACGAGCCUCGGCGCAGCUGCAGGGCGCAGUCCUAGCGUUCGCUACCGACGCGGACGACCUCCACCGUAUCACUGGAGCCUCCGCAAACGACGUGCUGCCACUGCCGUUCAUCCACGUCGCUGCACCGGAGGACCUGCGGCUACAUCGCGCGGUUUGGGACCGGGUACUGCCUUACCUGUCCCAGAACGCAGACCUCUCGCGCACCGACGCCGUCCAUCUUGCCAUCUAUAUCUGGCAGCAUGCGGAAUCGCAUCUCGAGACGAACGUGAAGAGCCUGCUGUGGGCUAGCGACGUAAGCAAGCGGGUAGCAGAUGCGCCGCCUCAGGAUGUUCGACUGGACUUUGUCUUCGCGAUACAUGGACUACUGUGCGGAAAGGACUGCACGGAGGGUUCGACUUCUGAGAUCGAAGAAAUCGUCCAAGAGUUAUUGCCACAUCUGCUACGAGUCGCCUUAGAAUGUCUUGCAACUGCCGCGAAGAAGAUAGACACGGACACAGCAGAGCCUCCACGCUGGGAGUUCCAUGCCGAACUCCAUCGCAAGGAGCUCAACUUCCUGCACGAUAUCUCAGUGGGCCUUUCGGCGACCUCAUCCGACGCCCAAGUGGAGCAAUUCGUCGAGACGAUCUCCAAGCUCGUGAAGGUGUCUUUCUGGCCUCUCGACUGCCGCGCAGGAUUGCUCGACUUCUUCUCGACUCCACCUUACCCUGCAGUCCGGCCUCUGAUGCGCGACCUCGUGUACCUUCUGAACGCCUCCUUGAACGAGCGAGAAUGGCGCACGGAACGCGUGUUCCGUCAGUUGUUCAAUAUCGUGGCAAGUCGACCGGAUGAGGCGGUCGAUGUGCUUCUCGAAGACGACAUAAUUGCUGCGCUCUGGCCACAACUCAAGCUAGUCAUACUAGCUUAUAACAGGAGAGAGCCAGGGUCGAAUCGAUUCGAUGGAUUCGUAAGAAUCCUAUCGACGUAUAUGUGGUACAUCGUUACCGUCCUUCCCGACGAAGACGUUGCACACUACUUCGACUACUUAGCGCGCUCUGAUGACCUGGCGGAACCUGACGAGGCGCCUCGCAAUCACCUAACUUGGUGUAUAUUGCUUGACAUCCUCGCCCCGUCCGAUCCGAAUGACGGACGUUCGUUCCACGCCGCCCUAUCCGAACUAGCUCGCCGGAUGGCCAAAUCGCAUGCGGCAGAUUGGGCUGGAGCUCUGUCGUCUGUCGCCCUCCACUGGCGCUUCGCUAUGCCCUCCAUACAGAACAGCAUUGCCACGGAAUCUGGGAGACGAAGGUAUCACGAACUGUCGAACGAACUGGAUAUAUCUGGUAAUUUCGCAGCUGCGGAGAUCAGGCUGCCGCAAUGGGACGAGCAGAUGGACGAAGCAGAAGCCACUCGUAUAGAAGGACACGAGACUCAGUAG